UUUAGGGGUGUGGUAGGAACCCAGAGCACCCAGAGAAAAGCCACACAGGCACGGAGAAAUAAUGCAAACUGCACAGAGGCGGGUGGCUGGGAUUUGAACCCUGCUCCUCGGAGUUGCGAGGCACACAGACGUCCGAACCAGUUUAUCACUGGUCCACCCAAUUCAAAUAUAUCACGAGUAAUACUUCCGAGUCAUGACACAAAAGUGACUGUCGAUAAAUAGGGAGCACGAUGAAAAAUCUUCAGUUUUUUGGGAGAGGGUCGUGAUUAUAAUUCUUCGCAAAGCGGCUCUCUCCUACUGGUUGUACUUUGACGUCCAACGACUCGCGGGGCGAAUAUUCCUUCCAUCCAUCUGUCCGCGUUUUCGUUGGUUGAGAAUAAAAGAACGCUCCGGAACAGUUUCGCUUCGCUUCGCUCGCCCAACACUCGAUGUAGCGCCAGAGUUGAAAGGUCACCGAACCGGAAGAUAAACAACACAACAGAAACCAGCCGAAAAGGAAAGGAAAGCGCCACGAAGCUCGAGGCCCCCCCUCGGAAAUGUUGUCCGCCGCCGCCGUCGUCGUCGUCGUCGUCUUGGCGAUCCUCGCGAGCCGCCGCGGCUGCUCGCCGGCGGACGUGCCGGACUUCGCGGCUCACUUCGGCUCCAAGACCCGCUACGAGGACUCCUCCGCCUACCGGAGGCCGCUCGGGGACCCGGCGGCCGUCGAGCGCUCGCUCCUGAGGGUUCCGAGCGGAGAGCGCUGCGUCCCGGUGCACCUGACCGCUGUCGUCCGCCACGGCAGCCGCUACCCGACCGUCAAGAACAUCCGCGCCAUGCGGGAGCUCAGCGACCUGUUGAGGACGGCGGCGAGCCCGAGACGAGACGAAGGGGAAGCCGAACCGGAAGGCGAGGGCUCCGCGGCCUGGAGACGGGACGUCCUGCGCCGCUGGGACAUGUGGUACACCGAAGACAUGGACGGUCAGCUGGCGCCCAAAGGGCGAGAGGACUUGCGCCGGCUGGCGAUCCGUCUGGCCGACGCCUUCCCGUCCCUGCUGGGCGAGGAGCCGCUUCGGGGGGGCCGCAUCCGCGUGCUGACCAGCUCCAAGCAUCGCUGCGUGAGUAGCGCCGAGGCCUUCCAGGAAGGACUUCACCUGCGAGCCAACGUGACACCCGUGCGCUACCGCCACCGAGCCGACGACGGGCUGCUGCGCUCCAUUGACGGUUGCCGCGGUUACGUGGAGGGCGUGGAGAAGAACCGCACGGCGCUAGCCGAGGUCUACAAGUUCAAGCGCGGCCCGGAGAUGGAGGCCCUGAGGAAGAAGGUGGCGGACAAGUUGGGCCUUCCGCACCGCAGCCUCACGCCAGAUCUGCUGGAGGCGGCGUUUUUCUUGUGCUCCUACGAGCUGGCCAUCAAGUCGUUGCACUCGCCCUGGUGUUUCCUGUUCGACCGGGAAGACGCAAAGGUUCUGGAGUACAAGUGCGACCUGAAGCUGUUCUGGAAGCGAGCGCACGGCCACGCCGUCACGCUGGCGACAAGCUGCCCGCUUUUCCAUCACGUCUUCCGGACCCUCGACAAGGCCGGACGCCCGCGCAGGUCCAGCGACACGCCCCCGGAGCCCGCCUCCAUCCUGAUUGGCCACGCAGAGACUCUCCUCCCCUUCCUGGGCCUGCUGAACCUCUACAAGGAUGAGACUCCGCCCACCGCAGACAACUACCCAUCACAGCACGCCCGCCAUUUCCGUUCCAGCUCGCUGGUCCCGUACGCAGCCAAUGUGGUCCUGGUUCUGCUGGACUGUGCGCGAGGCCCCCGUCUGCAGUUGCUGGUCAACGAGGCACCUGUUGGAUUCCCGGGAUUGCCGGAGGAGAACGCGCCGCUUUAUCGCGAUGUGCGGGCGGCGUAUCGCCACCUGCUGGACGGAUGCGACUUUCACAAAGAGUGCGAGGGAGCGGUCGGCGGCCCCCGACGCAACACCGAGCUCUGAUUGGCCGGCCGACAAACUUUGGGCCAGUCUGGACUCGUGAACUGAACUUUGUUGGUGCUUGAUUGUGUUUUCACACUCUGAGCGUCUUUGGGCCUGCCUGAGGGUGCAAAUUGCUUUCGUCAUUGUGGAAUCUUGCGCUUUUUACCGUUCAGGAGGACUCGCUCGCGUCUGCCUGAUCGACAGUUGGACUUUGCUUUUUUGGAUCCAAUUUGAUUAUGUUAUCAGAAUCAGCUUUAUUGGCCAAACGUGCAACGACACCCAAGGAAUUUGUCUCCGCGCCGCCCCGGGACGACGUUCAGAAGAGAGAAGAAACAAAGUAACCCUAAACUGUGGCAUCUUCUGUUCGGGACUAAAUCGAGUUGAAUCCUCCCAACUUCCACGCGACACGUUUUACUUGGAGCGCCCGUCGUGAAAGCGCAGCCAAUGGACGGGGCUCCUCCCAUCAUCGCUGGCUGAGUGGGCAGAGAUUCAAACACGUUUUGUGGUCAACGGCACCAACUAACUUCACUUUUGUGGUGAUUGUGUUUACAAUAUUUUCACAAAAAGAGUUUCGUGGCGAAGUUUGUUUUGUUGUUAUUCCGGAAUCUUUUUUUCAUUUAUUAGCUUGAUUGACAGCUGCUGAAGACGAUCGUUUUGUGUUUUUAUUGGAAUCGGCCAAGUUGUACACUUUAAAUAGAGCUAUCAAAAAUAGCAAUGAACGUGUUGGCUAACCCCGCAGAAAGGAUUGGAGCCCCUUACCAUUGUGGCCCGCGGGCUUCACGUUUGACACCUCUGCGUCCGGGCGGAGCCUCCAUUUGUAAUCAUUUGCGCUCUACGAGAGCCACCACAGAGAUGAAAUGGAAAUGGGAAACACGCGAACGCGCCAUCCCAUCCUGCACUUGAGCGGUUCUAAUGGCGCUUGAAGCGUUGCCGUCCUCCAUUUUAAUGCGCCCUUUGGUGUCAACCUGCGUUCUUCGCUGCCAUCAGCGCCUUCUUUUAUAAUAACGAAGAUGAAGUCGAACCUGCUCGUGUCCUGACAGCCGUCACAUAAAUCUGUUUAGUCUUGCCCUUUUUUCUUUGAAAUGUAGAGUGCCUCGGCCGACGUUGAGUCGAUUUCUUCUCUUCACAUCGCACUUGCUCCCCUUCCAACUUUUGGAUACCAUGUAGGUGACUUCCUUUGGCUUCUUCGUCCUACUUCUCUUGGCACAUUUGAAUGCGAUUCUCGAGAAUUUCACCUCCGCCUCCCUCCACUGACGUUUGGCUGGUUGCACGUGUGCUGGCGCCUACCCGAACUAAACCUUUUCUUGGUUUGGACCACUGAUCUAAAAAGAAAAAAAAAAAGAUUGGAUAGUGCAUCCACAUCGAGCGGUAUGGCGAUUGGUUGAAGCCACUGGCCGCCAUCUUGGCACUCCCAAAACUUGCGGAGGACACGGUUGACGGGUUGGAUUUCGGUGGGGGUUUUCUCAAAGUUUGGCAUGUACAAUUCAAACCGGUCGUGUGAGCUUGAGAUUGUUUUCAGUUCUGGUAACAUGAAGGACUUUUAAAUCGAUUUGGUAAGCCAAAAAAAGGCAAAGUCCAAAGGAAAGACAUAGAACACCGUGACGAGCAAGAAACCUUGCAUAUUAUCUAGGCCCUGAUAUACGUGACACGUUAACUGUUCCCAAAAUGUCCUGUGAAGCACUAUCAUCAGAACAUAGCAAAAAAACUAAGCAUUUUUUUGUCAUAAAAUUUUAAGUCAAUCAGUUUGAUAUAUUUUUGGAAAUAAGGUCUCGCAAUGGCCAAAUACAUGCUAAUCGCAUUGUUCAUUUGUUGUCUCUGCUACGUCCUUUUUUAGACAGAAAAUCUAAACUUGUUUCCUCGCAUAUGAAAAUCAAAUUCAAUUUACAGAGUUCUGUAUUAUGAAAUUCAUUAAAAAUGUCACAGAAAAUGUGUUUUCUUGCUUAGUGACUGAGGAAGUUUGGGAAAAUAUUGACAUCACUUUUUCGCGGAAAACCGUCAGUCUGUGAAUGUAGAGCAGGGAGUGAACAACAACCGGAAACAAAACUUUGCUCAAGUGAAUUAAGAUCAUCAGAAAAUAAUAAUAAUAAUA